AUGCAGCGAUUCAGCAUAAUUUUCAACUCUGGAAUUAAGGUAAACAAAAUAAGAAUGAAUUUUCCAAAUAUCAAGUUUGAGUGUAAAUUAAGCAAAACCCAAGUGUAUUCAUUAAAGAAUGAUGAAAAAACUAUCCAAAGAACAUGCAGGAACCUCCAGUUAUCAAAAAUUAUAUCAAUAUUGAUCCCUGAAACCAUGACAAUAGAAUCAAUGAAUAGUGCAUACUACAGAAUUGAUGAAUUUAAAAUUGCUGACAUUUUCUCAAAAAAUUUCAUCGACGGUUACGUCCUAAAUGGUGAUUUAUGCUGUACAUCAACAAAUGAUAACUAUGAGAACUGCCAAUUUAUUUUAUCUGAAAGGAAAUUAACAUUAAGGCUUGACAGGGAGCUGUAUUAUUCUCUCACUGCUGUGCAUUUAACAAAAUUUGUCAGGAAGAAUCAAGAUGAUAAGCUGUUUGUGACAUUUGAUGUUGACUUGAGUUAUAAUCACAUCACUAAGAUCAAAACUGAAUUAAUGUCAGAGAAAGUAGAGAAAAUAAGCAUAAACUUUUCAUGGAAGCCUGAAGGAAAUGAUAUAUGUCCAUCAUCAAUAGCGAAAUUUCUCACAGAUAUGGGAUACUCGGUUAAAGAAUGUGAAAACAAGUACCUAAAUAACAUUUUGUACAGCAUAAAGGUCCCUAAGAUUCCAACAAACCCACUUAAUGACGAGACAUACGAUGAAUGGAGUGAAUUACUAGAACAUACAAGUAUGAUCAUGUUAGGCUGUGAGAAUAAUGAACAAACAGGACUAAAUGACUCAAAUCUAAUAAAAGUUCGAAGAGGAAGCGUGCUGCAUUAUAAAGGAUUCAUUUCAUACAGCAAGUUAAAAGACUUGAUAAUGGAAAUUCGCCACAUGAUGUCAGAAAACUCUUCAUUUCCAUACAUUGCCGUGUCAUCAGUUCCAUUUUCUAAUCUACAAAAGCAUUUUAAAACGAAAUUAAUGUUUAUAACACCAGACAUGAUUUAUGCUUCAGAAUAG